AUGUUGAUUGAGAGAGCAAAGGAGUUGAAUUAUUUAAAAGGUGCAAGAGUUAGGCCGAAUGAGUUGAAGUUUUCUCACUUGCAAUUUGCAGAUGAUACUAUUAUUUUCUGUGAAGCUGACAAGGUGGAAUUGGUCAAUAUAAAGAAAAUCUUAAGGUGCUUUGAGUUAAUGUCUAGUUUAAAAAUUAAUUUCCACAAGAGUGUAGUGUGUGGGGUUGGUGUUAAUAAUGAGGAAAUUAAGGAUUAUGUCUCAAUUUUGCACUGCCAUAGUCAAAAACUUUCCAUUACUUAUUUGGGCAUACCUCUUUGGGGCCAAUCCAAGAAGAAAGAGCACUUGGAAAUCAGUGAUCAAAAAGUAAAGAAAAAAUUGGCUUCAUGGAAAAGGAAAUUGCUUUCCCUUCCAGUAUGGAAGGAAGAUGAGGUCCUAUGGCUGUAUGAAUUGCUUUGGAAAGCACCUAGUCUUUCUAUGGAGUCUGAGGAUUCGUGUAAAUGGGCGGGCAAUUCAGAAGGAUCAUUCACAGUAGUAGCAGCAUGGAAGUGGUGGAUGUUUUCAAAAAGUCCUACUGUCAGUGUUACUAAGGAACUAUGGAACAAUGUUGCUCCACCCAUGUCAUUAUGGAAAGCAAGGAAUGAAUAUCUCUUUAGUGGCAAAUCAGUUGAUUGGAAUGAAUUAUCAGAAUUGGUGAAAAAGAAGGUUGCUUCUAGGUUGAUGUCAAGUGGUUAUGCUAGCUAUUGGUUGGGGGCCUUGGCUGUUAUUGCUGUUCUGGGUAUGUUUGUGUUGAUAUUGCUAUCGGUAGAAGAGCUAGAGAGCUUCUUAAUGUCUAUUCAAUUUAUCAAGGCCAGUAGCAAGGUCUGA